GCAGCAACAAUGGCUACUAACUGUCAGAUAUGGAGACCGGACAGAGGACGCUGCUUUAAAAGCUACGGGAUUAUUGUCGUAUUGUUCCUGGACCUAGUCUUACAGUGUGUCAACGGGUACCUGAGUUCUCCUCAUGUUGGCCAGGAGCCUCCCUACACCAGAGAUGCCCAACAUGGACCUGUCAUCACCAGCCCGGUGGUCCCUGCCGCAGCCUCAGUGUCUCCUGCAGAUGAAGAGAGCUACACUUCCAAGUGUCCCAGUGGAGGUUUGUGUAAUCGCCUGCCAGCUGAUUGCAUACAGUGCAGUUACCAGCACAACUGUACCUACGGCAAACCAGCUUCCUUCAACUGUAAACCCAAAAAAGGGGUUCACUGUAUAGGAGAGUCGGGGCAACAGCAAACCAACUUCUCGCUGUCCAUCACCUGUCAGUUCUGCUGGCAGCUGGAUCCAUCCCAGUACCGCUGCUCAAACUCCACCAACUGUAUGACAGUCUCCUGCCCACGCAAGCGCUACAACGCCACCUGUGACGUGUUAGACCAUGUACAUUGUUUAGGUAAAAGACGUUUUCAAAAACGUUUAUUCUGUAACUGGACUGGUGGAUACAAAUGGUCAACCGCAUUAGCCCUCAGCAUUACACUUGGAGGUUUUGGGGCAGAUCGGUUUUAUCUGGGCCAGUGGAGAGAGGGUCUGGGCAAACUCUUCAGCUUUGGAGGCCUGGGCAUUUGGACUUUAAUAGAUGUUCUUCUGAUAGGGAUUGGUUAUGUGGGACCUGCUGACGGUUCUCUCUACAUCUGAAGCAAAGCUCUGGAGACAUGGCUGGUUUGUGCCCUCUUCUGCUUCUCACCGCUUCACUCAGAUUGAAGAUUUGAGAUACUGUGUUCUUAGCACGUUUGCCUGCCCAAACUCGCUGCGCAACACGUCUGCAUCCCAUCUGCUAACAGGCAGGAAGUGUUUUCCUCAUCACACCAACGAUGACUCUACCCACACAACCAUCAGAUCAAUCCUAAUCAUUGUGCGUCUGUCUCCUGCUGAGAUUCUGCAGAUGGAGCUGUGCAGGUGGAUGACGAGCCGAUAAUUAUGUCUGUCUAGUUGGUUUGACUAAACUGGUGGUUAGGCGCUGUUGUGCUGAUAGAUACCUUUGGUAUCCUGUGGAGCAGUGCUUUCACAAACAUCAUGUCACCUUGGAGCUGCAUAUUGCUCCUCCCUUAUUACAAGGUAACUGCAUCAAUGAGGGUCAAAUAGUAACCAUGGCUACAGAGCUUUUUAUAGUGCCACCACACGCAAAAGACAAAUUGGAAGGUAACAUUUAUGUCCUGAAAGCAUGAAUAUGGAGAAUGGAAUGUGUUAAGGUGUUUUUAUUUCCAACAGGUCAUUGUUUAUGUGGAUAAUUCCAACGGUUAUUUUGCAUGUACUUUAUUUUUUUUUCCUACAUUGAGUCAGCAGUGCAGCCCACAACUGUAAUAGCAUCGCCCUCUGGGCAAACUAAAUGAUGCCAUGGCCUUCUGAAGCGCAUAUCAAAUGUUAGAAAGUGAAAGUUCAUUUUUAAAGUUCAUAUGUUGCAUAAAUAAAUAAGAGUUACUGUAGUCUCAAACAGCAACUGGUAUAGCUGUCAUCGCUUACUGCUGCAUGAUUUUUGGGAAAUGCGCAGAAAACAGUCUCUAACAGUGUAUGUCUGUUCAUGAUAAAUACUGAAACUCUUCAAAUGUGUUGCACUAGAAACCUGCAGCUACUUGUGGUUUCCCUUGCUGGAGAUGCUGGAGAUAUCCUCUCCAUUCAACUGGUAAUCUUCCUCAGUAUCACUGUACUGACACUGUAAGAUGUUCGCUCGAGACAGCACAAUUUCUGUAAAUAUGUUUUCUUGGUAUUUUUUUUGUUUGUGUUUUUUCUCAGUUGAGACACUGUAAAUGAUUUUUUUUUAAAAUAGUGAAAUAUAUAUAUGUUCAUCUAAUUGUACUCAACACUGCUAACAAAUUGUCAGUGAAUACACAAAAACAUGUCUAAA